CGAGCUGUCCACUGAGGUAUAAAAGAACGGAGCUUUCGGGCGGUGUUUGUGGGAUUGCAGAAACACGCUCGCCCCCCCCCUCAAAGACAUGAAACGGCUAUGCAUAUGUGAGAUCUGCAGCUGUGGACGCCAUCGCUGCCCCCACCGACCCACAGCUCUGUAUGGAAAGCCCAAUGUGACAUGUGUCCUGACCGAGUACACAGAGAAGUACCCCGCCUAUGGAGGAUACAACCCGCCCCAGAGCCUGAAACCAAAGCCUGUUAACCACGGUGACCGGGGGAGAAUGGAUGGAACUACUACAUUCAAGACUGACUUUAUUCCCUACGUGGUGACUCGACGCCCGGGGAAACAGCAGGCGGAGUACAAACCCAAACCUGGAGACAUAGAUCUGGGGACCACCUACAAACAGGACUACAGCCUUUAUGAGGUCCAACCCUUCGCUCCUUCCAGACCCAGUGAGAGGGUACGCACAACAGGGCACAAAAUGGAUACAGUGCCUACAUACAAAGAGGAUUUCCGACAGUGGGAGAUGUGCAAGCGGGAGCUGAAGAAACCCGACCUGACCUACCACCCGCCAGAUGCCAAGUUCGACGGCCACACCACAUUCCAGGACGACUUCCUCUCCCGAGGCCUUGCCCCCAGGGAGAGCUUCAAGCCCUCCAGUAUCCCCAAAAUGUCCGAUACCCCCUUCGAUGGGGUGACCAGUAACCAGCAGUGCUAUGUGUCCCACCCUCUGGAGGCACGCUGGGUGAAGGCUCCAGAGCCCUAUAAACCCAGUAGCCAGCCCCUACAAGACCUCACCACCAACCGUAGAGACUACCAGGGCCUGCCAGGACAGCUGCCCCAGAGCUAUAAGCCUAACCCUGGAAAGGUGACGUCUGACGUUCCCUUUCAGAGCAGCACAGAGUUUAAGGAGCGUUUCCAGCAGUGGCCCGUGGCCCUGCCUCAGCUGCACAAGAGCCUGCAGUACGUCAGCCCCACAGAGCACAUGGACAUGAGCACCACGUCUGGUUCAGUCUACGUCCAACACAACAUCCAGCCCUUCAUCUCUGCCAAGCCUUUCAAUCGGCCCACCAAGUCAUCAGCUCCCUUCCAGGUCUGCACCACCAUGAGGAAUGACUACCAGCCUUGGGAGGUCAAGAGACAGGCCAUGAUCAAGAAGCCUGAAGAGAUGCAGAGAGCCACCGGAAGGAUGGACCACCUCACCACUUUCAAGGCCCAUUUUACACCCCACGAACUGCAGCCCAAUGUGAGCUUCAAGCCAGCUCACGCCCCCUUGAGGGCUGAUGCCCCAUUGGAGAGCGGCACCAUGUACAGCACAGAGUUCACCCCCAAGAGGAUCAGCAUUUGUCCAGCUAGCUACGACUCCCUGCCGGGCUUCGUGUUUGAGGACAGCGACGACAGGGGACACAGGUUCUACAGGAAGUUGCCAUCUAAGGACACUAACAAGAUGGCCACCGGCAUGGCGGUGGCUGUGGUGUCAUAACGAUUGACCAUGAUAUUUGGUGACCAAUGCUUUUAAUCUUAAAAAGAGCGUGUGAAGGCAAAACUACUUUUGUUUGGUCUGUUAUGUUUUCAUUUUAUUUUCCUACUACCUGUAUAGUAAUUGAUAGUAAGUAAGUAUCAAUGAUGUGAUAAUCAAGUGGAACCAAUAAUUAUGAACAAACAGGCCAUUAUAAAAUAAACUUCCCUGUAUUCUGGUUGAUGGUUUCGAUUGAAUAGUUGGCUAAUCUUUGUUUUACAAAUUUGCGAAUCAUUAGUCAUUAAAACAAGCACUUCAUUUCUUAAUGAAUUAUCCUUGUGUGUCCAUGUGCCAAAUUCUGCA